GCAACCAGUGUAACAAGAUGGCGGAGAGUGCGGAACUGAAGCAAAUGGUAAUGAGCCUUCGUGUUUCUGAGCUCCAAGUGUUGUUGGGAUAUGCGGGACGGAAUAAGCAUGGGCGCAAACAUGAACUUUUGACCAAAGCUCUCCACCUACUCAAGGCUGGUUGCAGUCCCGCAGUGCAGAUGAAGAUCAAAGAGCUCUACAGGCGGCGCUUUCCAACCAAAAUGGUUUCGCCAGUGGACCUAGCUCUUCCCGGUGUUCACGCUGCAGCCAGCUUGCCCACUGGCCUUGCCCAACUGGGGUUUGACAGCCACGGUUCCCCAUCACCGCUGCUGCCUGUUUCCUUACUCGGGCCUAAGCACGAGCUGAGUCUGCCUCAUCUUUCCUCCGCUCUGCACCCCGUACACCCUGAUGUCAAGCUCCAGAGAUUGUCAUUCUACGAUGUGCUGGAUGAGCUGAUAAAGCCAACCAGCCUGGCUUCAGACAACAGUCAGCGGUUCCAGGAAGCAUGUUAUGCCUUUGCAUUAACACCGCAGCAAGUUCAGCAGAUCAGCAGCUCCAUGGACAUAUCCGGGACCAAAUGUGACUUUGCUGUUCAAGUCCAGUUAAGAUUUUGCUUAUCGGAGACAAGCUGUCCCCAGGAGGACCAUUUCCCCCCAAAUCUGUGCGUGAAGGUGAAUGGAAAGCCUUGUAAUCUUCCGGGAUAUCUUCCUCCCACCAAAAAUGGAGUUGAACCAAAAAGGCCCAGUCGCCCCAUUAACAUAACGUCUCUUGUCCGGCUGUCUACUACAGUCCCCAACACAAUUGUGGUGUCAUGGACUUCAGAAAUUGGCAGGUGUUUUUCCAUGGCUGUGUAUUUGGUCAGACAGCAGUCGUCAGCAGUGUUGUUGCAAAGACUACGGGCCAAAGGAAUCAGGAACCCUGACCACUCCAGGGCUCUGAUCAAAGAGAAGUUGACGGCCGAUCCAGAGAGUGAGAUUGCUACCACAAGUCUAAGAGUUUCUCUCCUGUGUCCUUUGGGGAAGAUGAGGCUGACAAUCCCCUGCCGAGCAAUGACAUGCUCACACCUCCAGUGCUUCGAUGCUACUCUUUAUAUUCAAAUGAAUGAGAAGAAGCCAACAUGGGUUUGUCCAGUCUGUGACAAGAAGGCACCAUAUGAGCACCUAAUUAUUGACGGGUUGUUCAUGGAAAUCUUGAAUAGCUGCUCUGACUGUGAUGAAAUCCAGUUCAAAGAAGAUGGAAGCUGGGCCCCUAUGAGGUCAAAGAAAGAAGUGCAGGAGGUUUCUGCUUCCUACAACGGUGUAGACAGCGAUCUGUCUGGAACCGACGCGCAUGAGCACAAACGGUCUUCUAAUGACAACUGCAAGAAAGUAGAUGUGAUCGAUCUGACACUGGAUAGCUCCUCAGAAGAUGAGCUAGAUGACGAGCCGCCUCCUAAAAGAGCCUGUCCCUCGCUGUCACCCGUCUCUCCACCUGCAAGCAAAGGAGUACUAAACCUGCACAGCCAGGCCUCACCUGUGAGCAGAGCUCCCAGCAUGCCACCUGUGGAGACCAGUUACAUUCCUCCCCCACCACCUCUCAUCCAGGACUACCGCCACUACUAUCACACAGCCAGUGACCUGCCAGAUCAAAAUUUCUUCUCCUUCCUCCAAGGCGACAAUCAGCAUUACAAUAUGGUGAUGGCUGCUGCAGCAGCUGCGUCGGCUUCAGCCUCAGAGGAUCAUGACCUGCUCCUCAACCGUUUCCUGCCCUACAGCUCCCCUCAGCUCUUACGUGAACAGCCAGGCACCCCGGGGAGCAGCACAUUGGCUGCCACCAACGGAGGCAGCAACAGCGGCAGCACCAGUAGUUUGGUGUCUUCGAGCAGUCUGCGGGACCGUGACAAAGACCGGGAUCGGGACAGGGACAGGGACAGCCAUUCCAUUUCAGGAUUAUCAAGGUCCUCAGUGGAAGCAGCAGCAGCUGCAGCGGCCAUUUAUGGCUCCAUAUCUGACAUUAUCUCUCUUGACUAGAUCCACUCAGAACUGAAAGACAAGGGAGACGUUGAGAGCAGGAGUUCUUUGUAAAUAAAGAAGAGGAAGAUGAAAGAAUACAGUGCUAUGUACAGAGAGGAAAAUCUAUUUUCAAUUUUACUUAUCAUAUGUAUAUAAACUUAGGACGCUUCCUGUCCGGUGAGUUACUUCAGUUGAUAUUUUUCUGUGAAUACUGAAGACUUUUUCACACCUCUUCAUGUGGUCCUUUGAUUAAAUUGUACCUUUUGUACCUGUUUUUACGGUUUUGUUUCGAUAAUUCAUGUCAAUGGCAUUAUUUCAGUAUACAUGCACAGAACGCAGUGGGGGUCACAACCUUAUGGAGCGUGAUAUUCAGAAUAUAAAGCAAAAGGGCAUUGUUAUAGAUGUACAAAAGGCAAGUCUCAGCAAAACAGGAAAAUGGGUAACACUUUCUUUAUUUUCUAAAUGGCUUUAUUUCUGUUGACAUGCUGUGGGCAGCAGAAAGAUCGGCCAUUUUUUGCCAUCACUGUAGAAUUUUUUCAGUAGAACAUUCAUGCUGUGGUCAUUAUUUUAAAUAAUUAUUUAUGAUGUAAGUUAUGUAGGAUGUGUGCUGUUUUUUUUUUUUUUUUUUUUUUUUUUAAAGAAGCAUUCCCUAUGCCUCUAGGAACUGUUGCCACUAGAAAUGCAGGAGUAAAUGCUAGAUCCUUCUAUUGUCGUAAGUGCUCUCUUUUCCUCCUCACUUCUUUAACUCAAAUCAAACAUGAGCGAUGUUAAAUUGUUCAAACUGUACCUGGAUGACAUAAAUUGGGAGAAGUCAGUAUUGUUAAGACAACACUUUUAUUUUAAUUUUAUUUUGUUGUUGUUGUGUGAAUGAAGGGCACAGGUCCAGCAAGAACCACUAUCGGACCUUUUAUAUAAGUCUUAGAUUUGCAGUAUUGUGUAAUUUUUUUCCUCUCAAAGUGUAGUUGUUUUACUUUGCAUAUUAUAUUCUUAAAAACAUGCACAGAAAAAACCCACAAUUGAUGAGUUGAUACCGAUAAAUUUCUGCUCCACCGUCAGUGGGAGACUAGUUUCUGGUCCGCGUGAGGUGAAAUGCUAUAUUUGAAAGGUGUAAAACUGUUCACUGAGUGCAAUUGGAUUAAAUACAUUUCACUGGGUUUGAUUUUAGCACUUGUUGCUUUUUGUUUUUUAAUUUACAGAGAGCCUGUUUGGAGCAGUGAAGCAUUACAAUGCGCAAUUGAGUAGUUUUCAGCUUUAUGUGUGUCUACAAAUUACCUGAAAGCUCACCUGUUUGAGUGAAUCACAACACCCUUUUUUUUGGCCCAAAAGUCAAAAUCAUCUAUGUUACUUUGGACUCCUCCCUUUCCUUUAUUUUGUUUGACUUGUGCUUACAGUUAGAAUUAUUUAUUAUCAUAUAUAUUUUUCAGCAUUUGUUUGAUUAAUGAACAUGCAUUGCUGUCAUUGUAUGUGAUCAUUUCUUUUGUAAUUAUAUAUAAUUAAUGCUAUUUAAAGAUGUCAUUGUUGCUUGACAUGCAUUGUAACAUUUUCUGUUUGUCUGUUUUGCUAUCAGAUGAUGUCAAUAACUCAAUAGAAGCUUUGAUCAUUUUGAACGGCUGCGAGGUCUACUGUGCUGUUUGAUAUUUGCAAGAAUUAAAACCAAUACAAGGAAGUGCAUGUUUUGUAGAUGGCGUGAGGACAGCUCCGUUUGCUUCUCUGGUAGCUUUUGAGAGCAUUCAGUAUAGAAACAAAAUCACUCGGUUGAAUGUUGCCAGCAAAAAAAUGUACCGUCUCUGAGGAGCGGCGUGGCACUUAAAAGAAAUCUGCAUUGUUUAUGAAAUUGUUUUUCAGUAUCAAGGUCUUAGGUUACAAAAGGAUAAAGCUACGUAAUAUCAUUGGCAGUUAUUAUUAGAAGAAGAAAGAAAAGCAACAUUGUACACAUUUGCUUGUUAGUAGUUUUCUUGAUUUUGGAGGAGUGGAAAUGGCCUCGGGGUAUCCCUGUGUUUUAAUGGUUAAUUUAAACUAGGAGUGAUGGCAUAUUCAAAAAAUACAAAAUAACUGAAAUUAUAUUUAUGUACUUACAAACCAAACUAAACUAAAAUAUUAAUGCAUACAUAUACAGGAAAUGUCACUUUUUAAGUCUUUCUCAAUUUGGUUGAGUAUGUAAACCUGACAAAGUGCCGCAGGCUUUCUGCAUUUGUUUAUUCAGUCAGCAUGGUCGAAGUCCACUUCCCUGCUGUGUUUACCAUACAAAAUACGUUAUUUACCCUGUAUUUAGAACUUUUUUUUCAUGCAGUUGAAAUGGACAGGUUGCCAGUCUGUGGCAGAGACUCAGACGAGCAUUCAUGUUCACAUUCACACCGAUAGUCAUUUUGAAAUCAGUAUUAUAGGACUGUGGGAAGAAGUCAAGGUACCCAUAAGGAACCCGUGCAGGCACAGGGAGAACAUGUAAACCUCACUCAGUCAUGCCCAACUGGGGGCUUUUUGCUAUGAGGUGAUUACCAUGCAGUCCUUAAAAAUACAUCUGCCAGAUGACACUCUGCCAGACAGAUAAAUUGAAUUAUAGAUGAUAGUAGCAUGAGAUAUAAAUUAUUUCCUGUAUCUGUCUUUGUGGUAGUGGAGCUGAAUCAGUCUGUUACAUAAGGUGGACCUCAGUGAUAUUCCUGUCCAUCACAGCUUUAAAAGUUUCCUGUUUGCAACCAAUCACAGAGCCACAGAAGCAGAUGAUUUCUUCAUCUCAACAAAAUCAUUUACUAGUGAACAGUCAAACAUGGUGGUGGUAGUUUGGUGGUCUGGGGCUGCUUUGCUGCUUCAGGAUGACUUGCUGUAAUUGAUGGAACUGUGAAUUCUGCUCUCUUCUAGAAAAUCGUGAAGGAGAAUGUCUGGCCAUCUUUCCGUGCCCUGAAGCUCAAGCACACUUGAUUUAAGCAGCAGGACAACAAUCCAAAACACAUGUGCAAGUCUACCUUUGAAUGUGCUGUGCUGGCCUAGUCAAAGUCAAGACUGAAAUCCAAAUCAGAUACUUUGACAUAACCUUACACAGGUUGCUCAAAAUGCUUAAUUAAAACAGUUUUGCAAAGAAAAGUGAGCCAAAAUUCCUUCCAAGUGAUAUGAAAGAUCUAUUGCUAGUUACCACAAAUGCUUGAUUGCAGUUUCUGCUGCCAAGAGGCACACAACUAGUUAUCAGGUGUAGGGGACAAUUUUAACACAGCA